AUGGAAGGGAAAUGGAAUAACUUGACAAGUCCUUCGGCUGCACAUCCUGAAACAAUGGACGUGCUUUCACGAGCAUGGUGCAAUUUUGCAGUUCAAACUUUAAACCCUGAGCUUCAACCACCUGAGAAAUCUUUGCUUCUCAUAGACAACCCCAUUAUCAAGGAUCUUGAUACCGUCGGCCUUAAUUCAGAUUCUUUUCCGAUUAUUCAGAAAGUGGAGAAGAGUGUGAAGAUGGAAGCUGAAGAUCAUGUCAAGUAUAUGCCAUCAUGGAAAUCAAAUGAUAUGAAGUCGUUUAUAUGGAUGCAACAAGCAAUGCAUCCGGAGUUGAAUUACAGCAGUUAUUUCCGAAAGAAAUGGUUUCAAUGGAAAAUCGUGCCAUUGAAGAACUUGUCGAUUAAAAAAUGGCUAAAGGAACUAAGAAAGAGCCGAAAAGAUGAAAAUAGGCUUGAGAGGGCUGAAAUCCAUGCAGCUAUAUCUGUGGCUGGUGUAGCAGCUGCACUUGCGGCCAUUGCAGCCGACACCUCAAGAUCAAAAGAUGACAACUCAGGCUGCGCUAAGGACGCUGCUGUGGCUUCUGCAGCGGCUUUAGUGGCGGCCCAGUGCGCCCAUGUGGCCCAAGCCAUGGGCGCCAAAAGAGAACAGCUUAGCAGUGUUAUUGGGUCAGCCAUGAGCAGUACCACUGCCACUGAUAUCCUAACCCUCACAGCUGCUGCUGCCACAUCCUUGAAAGGAGCGGCCACGCUUAAAGCAAGAUCUGAAUGCAAAAACAAAUCAAGUGGAGUUGCAUCUGUUCUACCUAUAGAAGACAACCACGAGAUUGAGAUUGGUUUCAAUCUUGAAAAAUCAAGAUCCAUUUUAGCUAAAGGUGUUCUUCUCAAAGUUGAGUCACCAAAUGGAAAGUAUAAGAAGCGAUCCAUCUCUAUCAUCCAAAACAAUGACACGAAAGUAAUUCUAAAGGUUAGGAAGCUUAACAUGUUGAAGACCAAACAAGAAAGUGUUGUGUUAGAUAUGUACAUUGAGUUAUAUAGAGAUGAAGAUGAAGAUGAAGAUAUCAAUGACGACGAUGAGGAGAUUCAUACAUGUUAUCUCAUUGUUUUAACCACAAAUAAGGGUACAUUCAAGUUAGACAUGACGAAUGAUUAUCAAAACUAUAAGAUAUGGGCAACCACUAUCAAUCAAAUGCUUACGCUUUCUUCUCAUUCUUUUACAAGAAUAUGA